UCUUACACAACUCAGCUCUUUCUUCACUCUGUAUCAGCGCGCCGGUGUGUGCUCGUCCAGACCUGUCGCUGCUUUUUAUUUCACCUUUUAGUCCAGCAAAAGUUGGGGAGAUGAGUGGGGGCGAUGACCAGACUGACUGCGGUCCCCGGGUGAACGACUCUCACAAGCAUAAAGACAAGUACAAAGAGAGAGAACAUAAACACAAGGACCACAAGAAGGACAAAGAACGAGAUAAAUCAAAGCAUGGCAGCAGCGAUCACAAAGACUCCUCUGACAAAAAACACAAAGACAAGGACAAGAUGAAGCACAAUGAUGGCAGUAAAGACAAGCACAAAGAGAAGAGGAAAGAUGAGAAGAUGAAGUCGUUUGAUGGUAAGGUCAAAAAAGAAAAGGAGAACGGCUUUGCCAGCCCUUUGCAUGUAAAAUCUGAGCCUGACAAUGAUUUUUACCACACUCCCAAACACGAGAGGACUCUAAAAAGAGAACGAGAUGAGGAUUAUGAUGCGGAAUUCAAACCCAAGAAAAUUAAGACUGAAAAUGACCAGAAGGCCAAGAAAAGGAAACAAGGUGAUGAGGACACCAAGUCCAAAAAAACAAAAAUAAAAAAAGAAGGCGAUGGGAAAAAGAAGGCAAAGAAAGAACCAGAAGAGAAGUGGAAAUGGUGGGAAGAGGAACGAUCCACAGACGGUAGCAAAUGGAAAUUCCUUGAACACAAAGGUCCUGUGUUUGCGCCACCAUAUGAACCUCUUCCUAGCAAUGUAAAAUUUUAUUAUGACGGUAAACAUAUGAAGCUCAGUCCAGAGGCUGAAGAGGUGGCCACAUUCUUUGGCAAAAUGCUGGAGCACGAGUACACCACAAAGGAUAUCUUUCGUAAAAAUUUCUUUAAAGAUUGGAGAAAGGAGAUGACUUCAGAAGAAAAGGGAAAGAUCACAGACCUGAAAAAGUGUGACUUCACAGAGAUGAACGAGUACUUCAAGGCGCAGUCUGAAGCCCGGAAAGCCUUGUCAAAGGAAGAGAAACUGAAAAUAAAAGCGGAGAACGAGCGGCUCUUGCAGGAAUACGGCUUCUGCAUCAUGGACAACCACAAAGAACGCAUUGCUAACUUCCGUAUUGAGCCUCCUGGCUUAUUUCGUGGUCGCGGGGACCACCCCAAGAUGGGAAUGCUCAAACGUCGCAUUAGACCACAAGAUAUUAUCAUCAAUUGCAGCAAGGACUCCAAGUAUCCACCGCCUCCUCCCGGCACCAAGUGGAAAGAGGUUCGUCAUGACAACAAGGUGACCUGGCUGGUGUCGUGGACGGAGAACAUUCAAGGCUCCAUCAAAUACAUUAUGCUGAACCCGAGCUCCAGAAUCAAGGGAGAGAAGGACUGGCAGAAGUAUGAGACGGCUCGUCGGCUGAAGAAAUGUGUGGACCGUAUCAGAACACAAUACCGUGAAGAUUGGAAGUCCAAGGAGAUGAGGAUCCGGCAGAGGGCUGUAGCACUCUAUUUCAUUGACAAGCUGGCUCUCAGGGCAGGAAAUGAGAAGGAAGAAGGAGAGACUGCAGACACGGUCGGCUGCUGCUCGGUCAGAGUUGAACACAUCAAACUGUAUCCAGAGAACGAGGGCCAGGAGUUCGUGGUGGAGUUUGACUUCCUCGGUAAAGACUCGAUCCGCUACUACAACAAAGUUCCCGUGGAGAAAAGGGUGUUUAAGAAUCUGCAGUUGUUCAUGGAGAACAAAGAACCUGAUGAUGACCUGUUCGAUCGUCUGAAUACCUCUAUUCUGAACAAGCAUCUUCAGGAGCUGAUGGAUGGUCUAACUGCCAAAGUUUUCCGUACAUACAACGCCUCAAUCACCCUGCAGCAGCAGCUAAAGGAACUCACAACUGCGGAUGAAAACAUUCCAGCCAAGAUCUUGUCCUACAACAGGGCCAACAGGGCUGUGGCCAUCCUGUGUAACCAUCAGAGAGCUCCACCCAAGACCUUUGAGAAAUCUAUGCAGAACCUGCAGACAAAGAUUGACGCUAAAAAGGACCAGCUCUGCGAUGCCAAGAGAGAACUGAAGAGUUCCAAGGCCGAUGCCAAAGUACGGAGAGAUGAAAAAUCCAAGAAGGCGGUUGAGAGCAAGAGGAAAGCGGUCCAGAGGAUAGAGGAGCAGCUGAUGAAGCUGGAGGUCCAGGCCACUGAUCGUGAAGAGAACAAGCAGAUUGCUCUCGGCACUUCCAAACUAAAUUAUUUGGACCCGCGCAUUUCUGUGGCUUGGUGUAAGAAGUGGGGCAUUCCCAUCGAGAAGAUCUACAACAAAACCCAGCGGGAGAAGUUUGCCUGGGCCAUCGACAUGGCAGAUGAGGACUAUCAAUUUUAAACCCCCAGUUUCUUUUAACUCAACUUUUUUUAUUGGAUACCUUUUUUAAAAAAGAAAAAAAAAAAGCUUAGAUGAAUUUUGCUUGAUGGCCCGAGCCAACGAGGAAUUUUAACGUUUGUGCAGGAAAAGCUGAAGCGACACGGUAAGCAGGAUGAGUCCUUUUAUGACGUGACACGAUGUUGUGGAUGGUCUGAGCAUCUGAUGUGACAUCAGGUGACGAGGCUGAACUAUAUCUGCAAGUGGAGUCGAGGCCUGUAAAUGAGUCCUCGACCGUUUAUCUCUGCCCCUCCAUACGGUUAAAACCUGGCGACGCCUGAACUCUGUGGUCCUAUAACUGCUUUAUCAAGCAAACAAAAUGCUUUGUAUCAUUUUAUUCACUCGCUCUGUAUUUUAGCCCUCCCAUGUAUUAUUAAUGAAUUCUAUAUUUUGAUAGACAAAUUAAGUCAAAAGAAUUCCUUAACUUACACCCACGCGCCUUUUCAAGGAAAUGGAAAUGUGAGCUUUUGUGUGUGCGUGUGUGUGUGCGUGCGUGUGUGCAUGUGUGUGUAUCAGGCACAAACAUGGAAGCUGUUUGUUUGGGUGAAUAUUUUAAACUGGACUGGUGAAUUGUUGAACAUGAAAGAGGAUGUCUGUGCAAGCACCGGGGAAAUACUGCAACCAUUUCAAUAUUUACUUAAGCAAGCAGAAUGUGAAUAUUUAGUUUUACAACCUCUAUCAGGGACUUUCAGUGUAAAUGUGAACCAUUUUCAAUCCUUUGAGUUGCAAGCAUCCUUUGAAUCUCAGCUUUGUCUGCCAUCUGAUUUUAAAGUAAAUUAACAAUUAAGAGGAAAAUAAUCUCCCAUGUUACUUGAACAUAUUAUCUUAAUGUAUUUAAAGUCAGUAAAUGAAAGGUGUAAUUGCGUCUACAGAGGUCUGUGAGGGAUGUCAACUUUGCCAAAAAAAAAAGGAAAAAAAAUCACCAAACUGUUACAGUGUAGGCAGGUUUAAAUUGUGUAAUGAUUGAGGAUAAAGUAACAUUUAAUGUGAAUUAUCAGUUCAUUUUAUUAUUCCAUGCAGUUCCACUUAUGAUAGGAAGGUUGAUGUAAGUAGCUGUAAAGUCAACGUCCUAAUUCUGUUUUACCUUUUGUCAUAGCUUUUAAUCAUGUUUUGAGUUUUAAGCUCAUUGUAGGUUGGACAAAAUUAAAUAAAUCCUACAAGUAACAUACGGUGUACUUGUUUUUUGUUUCCUAAAUGUAAAGGUGGGGGGUGGGUAAGCAGUUGGCAGCAGUUUAAAGCAAAAAAAACAAAACAAACGGAGAUCUGAGGAUGUCCAGAACUGGGAUGAUGGUUUUUGGACGGUGAUGGGAACCUAAUAAACACUACUCUCCUGAGAA